CCACACAAGCACCUUUUGAACAUUUUCAACACUUUGCUCAGAAAAAGAAACAUUUUCAAGACUAAUAACACUGAAAGUAACACACACACACACUUUUCCUUCUCUUUUCCAACAAAAGAAACGCCUCUCCAAUAAUGUUCUUCCAUUACUACCUCUCUUAAAACCUCAUUCAUUCAUUCACUUCACUCAAUACUAACAACAACAACAAAAUGCAAACCUUCUACUUGUCCUUUAUUUUUAUCCUCUUCUUCUUACAACCACCUCUUCUACUAGCUUCUACAAACUCCAAACCUUUUCUCUUAAAAAACAACAAUAGAAGAAUUCUUCAUGAACCCUUUUUCCCACUUAACACUCUCCCUCCAUCAGAACCACCACCACACCUUCCUUCAACCAAACACCCAUUUUCCACUACCAUUCCCACCAACAACAACCCAAAUGAGGACCAAAAUCAAAACCAAAACCAAAACCAAAAUCAAAACCAAAACCAAAACCAAAACCAAAACCAAUCACCAUUUUUCCCAAAUUACCCUCUAUCACCACCCCCACCUUCACCACUCACAUUUGCUUCAUUCCCAGCCAACAUCUCCUCCCUAGUUCUUCCUCACACCCCCCAACCAACUUCCUCUCCUAACAAACUCCUCCCCAUUGCUCUCUCCGCCACUGCUGUAGCCGCCAUCGCUGUUAUCAUCGUCACUUUCUUUUACUGCCGCCGACGCCUCCAUAAUCGUCGCACUUCCGCCGAUAACAAGACUCUAAGAUCCGAUAGCAGCCUCGAGCUUUUCCCGCGCAAUGCUGAACCCGCCGGCGACGUCGGAGUAAACGCUUCCGAGUUUCUCUACCUAGGAACUGUCGUGAACUCGCGCCGAAUCGACGAAGCUCCUCGCGGCGGCGGGUUGACGUCUCGGAAACUUGAAUCUCCGGAGCUCCGACCACUACCGCCUCUCGUCCGACUUCCCUACGCACCGCCACUGCCGUCAACCGGCGGCACUUACUCAGACGAGGAAGAUGAAGAAUUUUACUCGCCGAGAGGUUCAUCUCUUGGUGGCCGAGAAAGCUCCGGCGGAACCGGAUCAGGUUCCCGGCGAGCAUUCUCCGCCAUUGCGGCCGGAAGAAGCGGCGAGUCAAGCUCAAUUUCAUGUUCUUCUUCUUCUUUCGGUUCGCCGGAGCAAUCUCAUGCCAUCAGUCUAUCACCGCCGGCUAGCUCAAGCUCCCAGAGAACACAACAAAAAUCACCAGAAACCGCAGCAUCACAUAAUAACAUAAUCUCACCCCCAAUUCACAACCAAGACAUGCAAUAUCAUUCUUCUUCUUCAUCACGCUCAACACCAAAUAGAGCUUUUGAUGAAGGAAAAGAAAAAGAAGAUGAUAGUCAGUCUCUUAAUCUAAUGGAGAAAAAUGAAAAUGCUUGUAAUGAAAGCGUUAAGUCUUCAAUAUCUUCAUCUUCAGCUUUUUCACUUCCUUCUUCACCUGAGAAAACGACGACGAUGAUGAAUCAUCUAGGUUUUGAUCAAUCUCCUAGAAUGUCAAGUGUUUCUGAUGGGUUAAAGUUACCGGGUCUGUCAUCAUUGCCUUUGUCACCCGCCCUACUUUCAUCACCGGAAACAGAAAGAGGUGGGUUUAACUGCUAUUCUCACCAAUCAGGAACAUUUUCUUAUGCUGUGCCUGCGCCACAGAGGAAACUCUGGGACAUUCCUCUAACAACACCAUUUGGUGAAAUUGCUGCAUUUCCAAAUCCUCCACAAGUUGUUUCACACAGGAAACAUUGGGAUAUUCCGCCUGUUGUUCCUCCACCGCCUCCACCUCCUCUGCCGCAGCAGCGGCAGAGGAGAUAUUGGGAAAUGCCAGCAGCAUCAGCAGCUGUUGAUAAGCUUCCAUCGAUUUUGAGGCCGCCGGAGUUAGUACCUCCUUCAAGGCCUUUUGUGUUGCAAAACCAAACAACCAAUGAGUGUUUGGGGGAAAUUGAAGAGACUUUGAAACCAAAAUUGAAGCCACUUCAUUGGGACAAAGUGAGAACAAGCUCUGAUCAUCAAAUGGUGUGGGAUCAGAUGAAUUCAAGCUCCUUUAAGUUGAAUGAGGAAAGGAUUGAGACAUUGUUUGUAGUGAACACAUCAAACCAAAAACCCAUGGAUGCUGCUCCGCGAUCUGUUCUUCCUUUUCCGAAUCAGGAGGACAGGGUACUUGAUCCAAAAAAGUCUCAAAAUAUUUCAAUCUUGCUCAAGGCUCUUAAUGUUACAGUAGAAGAAGUGUGUGAAGCACUUUUAGAAGGUAGUAGUGAUACACUUGGAGCAGAACUACUUGAAAGCUUGUUAAAAAUGGCACCAAGCAAAGAAGAAGAACGUAAAUUGAAAGAACAUAAAGAUGACUCACCAACCAAGCUCAAUCUUGCUGAGAAAUUUUUGAAGGCAGUGCUUGAUAUACCUUUCGCAUUUAAAAGGGUCGAAGCAAUGCUUUACAUGGUCAAUUUUCAAUCCGAAAUAGAGUAUCUUAGAAAAUCAUUUCAAACUCUAGAGGCUGCAUGUGAAGAGCUGCGAAAUUGUAGAAUGUUCUUGAAGCUUCUAGAAGCUGUACUUAAAACUGGGAACCGCAUGAAUGUUGGAACGAAUCGCGGUGAUGCGGAGGCCUUCAAACUCGAUACACUUCUCAAGUUGGCUGAUGUCAAAGCUGCGGAUGGGAAAACAACACUACUGCAUUUUGUUGUACAGGAAAUUAUUAGAACCGAAGGCGCACGUCUCUCUGGUACUAAUCAAACUACAAGCUCUACUUUGACCGAAGAUGUCAAGUGUAGGAGGCUUGGCCUACAAGUUGUGUCUAAUCUGAGUUCAGAGCUAUCAAAUGUAAAGAGAGCUUCUACUAUGGAUUCCGAAGUUCUCAGCAGCGAUGUCUUAAAACUUUCCAAAGGAAUUACAAAUAUAGCAGAGAUUGUGCAAGUAAACAUAAAGAUGGGAUCGAAUGAAGCCAGUCGGAAAUUUACAGAAUCAAUGAACAAGUUCAUUAGAAUCGCUCAGGAGGAAAUUUUGAAAAUCCAAGCCGAUGAAAGUGUUGCUUGGACACUUGUGAAGGAGAUUACAGAAUAUUUUCAUGGAAACUUGGCAAAGGAAGAAGCUCAUCCCUUCAGAAUCUUCUUGGUUGUAAGAGAUUUUUUAACAGUUCUUGACAGCGUCUGCAAAGAAGUUGGUACGAUAAAUGAGAGAACUACGGUUAGUUCAGGUCAUAGAUUUCCUGUUCCAGUUAAUCCAAUGCAUCCACCACCUCUUCCUGGAUUACAUGGAAGACAACAUUGUAGGAGCUCUUCAGAUGAUGACACUCCAUCACCUUAGCUAUAUCACCCAUGUAAGUCACUUAUUGGCUUUCCAAAAAAAAAACCUGGAACCAGUUGAUUUUGACAUGGUCUGGCCAUAAUUGUUCUUUUCAGAAUGUAAAAGAUUUCUGUUUAUGUAGAUUAUAUAGAGAAAAAGAGAGAGUAGGAGAUUUUCUUUGGAGAAAUAUAUACUAUGAGUAGGAUAUGUACUAUAAGGUUGUUAUAGUAGCUUGUAAAUUGAGCUUUUCAUUUGUAGAGAACCUUUGCUUUCAAUUGGGAUUACCUAACAAUCAAACAUCAAAAUGUUGUGUUGCAAAAAGUAUUUUUCAGCUACAAUGCUGAUUUUGUAUAAAAAUUUAAUCUGAAUUAAACUUUUGACCA